GAAUGUGCUUUGCCUUCCUCAGGGUUCUCCUAAAUCAAUGAAGCAGCCAACUGCAGAGGGGCAUAGAGAGGAUGAGCUGGAAGGAUCCAUUCAUAACUAUCACCUUCCCAAGCAAAGUCAUCUACACCAUUGGCUCUAUCCUUAUGCUCAUCAUUCACACAGGUGUUCUCAUUGGUGACCUGUAUCACUUCUUCGUCUCACAAAGGGGGGACCUCAUGAGCUUCCAUUUUACGGUAGUGCUAUUGACCUCACAUACAGCCAGCUUCUACUGGGCACUGCUGGCAGCGAUCUACACCUUACAAGCGGACGACGAUGUGCUGAUGUACAUUGCCAUGACAUCUUUUGCCUUGAACUUUGUCGCCUUUGUUGCCCGCUUCAGCAUGGACUAUGCCACCAUUGAUUACAGAGAGGAACAGUACUAAGCAGCGAUUCUCAAAAAGGGGGGGGCACUCCCCAGGCUUAUUCCAGUUUGCCUCAAAGGAAGAAGGGAGGGAACAAAUGCAGCUUGGGGUUAACCAAGAGAGUUUAAUAGAACACCAACAAACAAACAGGUCUAUUGCUUCAGGUGUAAUAAAGUCUUGUAUUUUCACCAAGA